GGUGGGGUUUUUUUUGUUGUUUCUGUUUUCUUCUCUCCAUCGACUCCAUCGUUGUUUUACCGUUGCGUUUCCUGAACGCCCCUCCCUACCAGUGCAUAUUUAUCUUCGUGUGUGUGUGUGUGUGUGUUCUCUCCUUUCUCCUCCUCCACGUUAAUGUGCAUUGAAGUAUUAUUUUUUCCUUUUGUUGUCCUCUUCUCUUUUCUUUCUACGUCUCUGUCUGUGUGUGUGUGUGUGUGUGUGUGCAACGUUAGCAGCGCGUUCCUCCUUGUGGUAUUUCUUCCGCAUCUGUCUAGAUCGAUCUCGUUGUUAUUUUCUCGUUAAACUCUUAGCCUUUGUGUUUGUUUUUGUUUCUUCUAUGUGACAAGUACCUUUCCCUGUUUUCUUUUUUUUUGUCUUUUCUCAUUCGUGGGAUGGUGGAUUUUGGGGGAGGAUUCUUAUAGCGUUGUAGUGGUCGUGAUGGUGGUGGUAGUCGUUGCUGUUUACUUGUUUGCUUGAUUCUGUUUUUGUUUGGCACUCACCAUUGCCGGGAGCCCCCCGCUCACUUAACGCCGUCCUCCCACCGUGCUCAACCACGGUGACAUCUUGUCUCUGAGGGACGACAACGUUUCAAAGUUGUGCGGUGGUGAUGUGGACGUGAUGUUUGCAUUCAGAAAUAAUAUGUAUAUAGGAGUAGAGGGGUAGAGGGGUAAGAUGAGGUGGGUGCGCGGCUCUGCUGCGGUGCCCUUGAAGUAUGAAACGCAGUUCGUGAAGUUGUUAUCUUGAUAUAUAUUGCUGUUGUUGUUUGUUUUUUCCGGGGGUUUUUUUUUUCAACUCCUGUUUGUAUUGUAGCUGACGCAACGACGGCUGUUCGCCUCUAGACAGCGGGAGAGAAAAAAUGAAAAAGGUGGUCUAGGCGGACCGUCUCCAGCUUCAUUCCAUGGUUUUGGAUUCUUGUUAUGAAACAUCUCCUAACACGCUUCGCUAGAAAAGAAGAAGCCAAUUGCAGCUGCCGAGUACGAUUUGCAUGCUUUAUUUGGUUUUUUUUCCUGUUGUUGUUAUUAUUUGUUUCUUCGAGAUCUUUCUAAAAACAUCGAUCGCUACUUCCGAAAAAGAAAAAGAGCAUUAAUAAUAAUAAUAAUAAUACUAGCACUAGUAAUAACAGUGAUUGUCAUGAUCCACAAUCCUCAAUCAUUUCGCGGUGUUUCUACUUCGUUUUACUGCCGUAUGCCCCUUCUGCUGCAGAAACAACAAAAAAGAAAAGCAGUGAUGGAACGAACCGCUGCUUCGAUUUAUCAAUACCGUAUUUCCUCUCUCUGUCUUUCUUCUCCUCCCUCUCCGUCUUGCCUGUGUGUGUGUGUGUGUUUCGCUACGCAAUCGCGCGCUCCACACGAAAAAAAGUUGUUGUAGUGGCUGUUGUUUUCGUUUUCUUUUCUACUGUUUCUUGAGAGGUGCCUCGUUCCUGUAACACAUAUGUAACGGCCUUUUUUAUUAUCCUCUCUCUCUCUCUAUCUUUGUCGUUUUCGAAUUGCGUUCUUGUCUUCUUGCAUUGCUCGCCGAGCCGUUGAACUCGCUGGAUCCGCCAACUUUUUUUUUCUUUCUCCUUCCCGACUGCCCCAGUCUGUGUAUACCACCUUUCUGCUGCGUUGUCCGCUUUAUGCAUGCACGGCCAUCACAGCGCCCGCCUACACCGGUGUACACCCUCCACGCACCCCACCCCACCCCACUCCCCUUACGAGACGAGUAAAUUGGCGAAGCAGCGAUAAGUAGAACGGUCAGCGUAGAAAAUAUAUCUAACUGUAUAUUACCUUUAAUGCAUUUUUCUGUUGCCUGUGUGUGUGUGUGCGAAAGUGUCUGUCUUCAGACUUUUAUCUGAUCAGCGAUUCAAGCAGAAUCUAUACCUAAAUCACGAUUCUAAGUUGUGGCGUAGCUCCGUUCGGGUAAUAAUCGAGUAGUCCUCAGCGUUGUUUUUCCUUUUUGUUUUGGUCGGUUGGUGUUUUCUGUGUUUGUUCCUUUUUUUCUUUUCUUUAGCCUGAGCAUCUGCGGUGUUCGUGCAGGGGCCAUUGAGCUUCGGCGCCUGCUGCACUGCCACGCUCGUUGUCGUUUUUUGGUUUUUGUUUUCCUUUUUCCUGCUUGUUUGUGUUUUGCAUGGUUUCUUUCACUAUCUGUGCAAGCACGUAAAGCAGUGCCAAUUUAUAUAUAUAUGGAUACACUGGGCAGGGAUAGUUCUACGUUUAAAGCUAAAAAGCCUUCCAGUGUUCUCCUUCUCCUAUUCUUCACUCUCGUUUUGUUUUGUGUUGUUUUGAAGUACUUUUCAUUAUCAUUAUUACUCCCCACGUACCUUUUUAUUAGUGUUCUCACCUUCGGAGUAUUUCUUCUCCUUCCUCUACUAAAGCGGAGCGCGAGUGGAGCAAAAAUAAACACAUCGACUCCCCUUUUUUCCUAGCUUUUCGCUCCCUCGUACAUUACGCUCAGUUGAACAGCUGAUUAACACCGAGUAAAGUUCUGGUAUUGGCCACGCCUCACUUACUUACCGUCUCUUUUUGUGUUCUCAACAAUAGCGGCCUUCCCAUCCAAAACCCAAAACAAAAAGAAAUGCAAAGAGUUGCGGACUUUCUCGAUGGCUAUCGCGGGGAGGCGGUGUGCGCCUGGAUGCGGGCGAAUCUGGAAAUCCCCUCCGUUGUUACGGUGCUGUACAUCGUGACGGUGCUCUACGUGCCCAACAUGUUCAUGAACAGCCGCCACGCCUACAACCUGCGCACCCUCAACCUUCUGUGGAACCUGCUGCUGACGGUCUUCUCCAUGGCCGGCGCCUGCUACUGCAUUCCGCAGGCCCUACGGUCGCUCUUCGUGGCGAACUUCACGGUGCGCAACUACCAGCACGGCGGUCAGGUGGAGCUGCACGGCAGUUUAUACAGCGGCAUUUGCGGGUGGGACGACAACCUAUUCUGCGACGGGCCUGUCGGGGCCUUCGUGCUUCUCUUCAUCGUGAGCAAGAUCCCAGAAAUGCUCGACACCGUCUUCCUCAUCUUCCAGAAGAAGAAGGUUAUCUUUCUGCACUGGUACCACCACGCCACGGUGAUGCUGUACUGCUGGCACUCGUACGCCGUUCGCAUCUCAGGGGGGUUGAUCUUCGCCAGCAUGAACUACGGCGUGCACUCCAUCAUGUACCUCUACUUCUUCCUCUGCGCCUGCGGCUACCGCAAGUACGUCCGCCCCAUCGCCCCCUUCGUCACGUUCCUGCAGAUCGCGCAGAUGGUGGUGGGCAUGGUGGUGGAGGCGGUCACGCUCUAUCACAUGUACGUCUCCGGCAAGGGGUGCGCGUCGAACGCGACGAAUGCGCGCGUGGGCUUCAUGAUGUACGUCUCGUACUUUGGGCUCUUCAGUAAGCUGUUCUACGACAACUACAUGAGCGGACGGGCAGCACAGAGCGCGGCGGCGGUGGCGGUGGAGCACGGCGCUCCGCCGCGUCACCCGCGUGCUGCGCCGGUGGCGAUGGCGAGCAUCGUUUACUACCCGGAGAGCAAGAAGCUGGUCACAGGGACGCACACCAUCCAGCGUCGUCAUUAG